GUGUGGUCACAUGCGCGCGUGACAGUGAAAAAUAAAACAAAUGAGCGACGUUGCAGCGCUGCGGCUGCGCUAGUGCGCUGUGCUGCCAUUUUCCGUUUCCCGAGAAGACUGCGAGUUCGUGGUCGAUUUCACUAUGGCAGGAAUUCCAGCUCACCUUUCCUGGGCUAUCAUCAGGAAUAACAAUGCUUUCCUCGUGAAGAAGAGGAACAUCAAGAAGCCCUUCAGCACGGAGCCAAGCAACCUCUCCAAUCUUGCUUCAUUCCGUUUCAAUGGUUUGAUCCACAAGAAGACCCUUGGCGUCGAGCCCGCCAAGGAAGGCAAGGGAUUCCAGCUUGUGUGGAAGAAGACCAGGAAUCAGCACAAGCUGUCCAAGCUCACCAACAAGACCACCAUGAAGGCUGGCCCGAGGCGUUCCUUGUACAAGCUUCGCAGAUUUAUUGUGAAGAACGGCUACAGGAAAGACCUAACCAAGGCUGCCCUGAGGAGAGCCAGCGCUGUUCUCAAGUCGCAGAGGCCUGUCCCUGCGAAGAAGAACCGCCCCAAGAAGACCGAGUAAUUUCUGUGGAUAAUAAUAAGAAAUUUAAAUAUA